UGGCAACAUCGCAGAUACAUGUUUUUGUUUUAUUUUGGAUGCUAAAUUUUGAUUCUGUACUUCUCUAAGCAUAAAAUAAUUGUAUUAUCACAUUAUCAGUUAAAAUGUGAUUUCAAAGUGUUGGAUUUUUAAAUUGUAUAGGAUCAAUCCCAAUGUAUUUUACUAGACAUGGAUAAGUUUAUCAUUUUAUUUUUUUGUGCUACUAUUAUAAGUUUAGUUAGGUGUGAGACCAUACCAAUAAAUUUAGCUGUUUACCAUCCCAACACACACAGAUAUGAUGCGUUUAAAGAAUAUUAUGAUUUGAAAGGUAACUUAACCGUUAUAAAUAUUUCUAACAUUCAAAGUGAUGUUGGAUUUUUCAUAAUUCAAGUGCAUACAUAUCUUGAGAAUGUAACUUUAUCUGACAGUCCAAACUUUACACAUGGUUCAUCAGUUACUGGAGCAAACAUAGGCUUAGUAUCCAAUGGUAGUAUUGAUACUUUCUACUUAAAAAGACCACAUAAGUUAAGUCCUUUUGUACAUGUAUUAAUAGUAGUUGCUGUCUAUGAUGAACAAGCUCCAGUACCUGGAGGAUGUAACCUUUCUUUUGAUGUUGAAGUGGCUCCAUAUCAAAUUACAUCACAUACAGAUGAACUGAUAACUGUUAAGUCACAACCACCAUCAACCAAAGGACAAAGCUGUGAUAACCUAACCCUACAAGUAGAUAUGUAUCACUUUUUUAUGUAUGAAUAUGAUAAAUCUCCAGAGACUUAUUUCAAAAGUAUUGAGAAGAUGUUGACUGUUGAUAAUAUUGAGAAAUAUGGAAGAAGGGUAUCUGGAAUUCCUGGAAGAAGGAAAUAUAUGAGAUUAUUUAGUUCUUACAUUGGAACUGGAGAAGUAUUUGCUAUGGUUUCUACCUUUAAAGACCACAAGUCAGCAUAUAUUCCUGCUGUUUCAUAUGGCUGUGAUGUGGCAAGGUGGGAGGAAGAUUGUGUUGGGCCUGUGGCUGUACAUUGGAAAGUGUUAUGUGCGUUUCAACUAAUUUUUGGAAUCUUCCUAUGUUUCUUUGGACAUCGAUUUUUUAGACUGACAUUGUAUAUUGUAAGUUUUACUUUUGGUCUAAUGGCUACAUAUUUUGUUAUAUCUGUGGAGGAAUAUCUUUCUAUGACUGAAAAAACAAUUACCGCCUUCUCGGUAGGCUUUAUAUAUGGUAUAAUAUGGCUAAUCAUAUGGCGAACUUGUGGAAUGCCGUUCUUGAUAAUUAAUAUCGCAUUUAUUCUCUCAGGAUUUUUGGCAGCUUCUCUAUUAUUUUAUACUGUGUUAGCUGAUAUCGUCAUUUUUAUCAACGGCAUAAAUUUCUGGGUGGUGUUUUUGUCCAUAAUGGUAUCGUGUGUUAUAAUAUCCAUGGCAAACGCAAUGUAUGGUCACAUAGCAUCUAUAAGUUUUACCAGCUCCUACGCAUGCGUCAUGGCUUUAAAUUACUAUGUAGGUGGGAACCUUCCAUAUAUUUUGAUCAACACUUACAGAAGAGUUGCUGUUAAAAAUUUCAAUUAUGCUGUUAUUUCUCCUCCCGUGCAGACAACAGAUAUUCUGCACAUCCUGCUUUGGAUUAUCUUAUUAAUUUUUGGCGUGUUCAUUCAAGUUAGACAGCAAAGAGGAAAACCACCUUUUCCUCCUAAUAGACCAUUUAGAGAGACUAGAAAUCCAACAGAAACAACACCCCUCAUUGAAGAAGAUGUAUUCGCGCCAUCUUACACAUACACAUAUUGAAAGUAUUUCUAGUUAGUGUGUACUUACUUAAAGAUAUUUGGCUUAUUCUAUACCGAUUAAAAAGUUUUAAUAAAAGCAGUUUUAUUUUUA